AUGGUGAAAAAGUCACAAAAACCGAGAGAAUGUGAGGAACAGUCCAAAAAUUUGACGAAGCCAAUGUCGUUUCCAUCAAAGUCUUCGAUCAACAAGAAGAGGAAAUCAAAGUCGACGGAGAAAAAGGAUGAGGCUUAUGUUGAUGAUGAUAUUUUUGUUGAUCUUGAGGAUUUAAUGCCAGAAUUGUUGAAGUCUUUGGAGCAUGAGCAGGUUGCUAGUAAUUGCACCUCUACAGUAAUUGAUCCAAUUCCCCAAUCGGGCAAUGAUUAUGAUUUUUUUACUCUAGCAGAUAUUGAAAAUAUAUUUGAGGAUGAUUUGAGCAACAUUAAUGUUGAUGGUAAUUAUUUUCCAAUUACCAAUAAUGAUGAUAAUAAUAGCUCCUCCUCCAACAAUGUUGACGCCGCGGUGAUGGCGCAUGUGACCGGAGUUGAGGAACAUGAGACGACAAGCUUUGAAGCAAAUGACAACUUUGUUACUGAUUAUUUAAUGGAUGUGUUGGAUAAUUGCGACAACAGUGAGGAUGACAAAAAUUACGAUGGUGACGAUGGCAGCGACGAUGAUGACGACGAGGAUGAUGAUAGCAGCGAAGAUGACGAUAUCGGAUAUAAUAGUGACGAUGGUAGCAACGACGACGAUGGCGAUAGUCCUCUAGUGCCAAGCUGCGAUGUUGAUCAAUUAUUAGAACAAUAUAUUGUUUUCGCUUAA